CGUGCGUGUUAUUUAUAAAUGUAAUGCGCAUUGUCGCCGCUAGGUGGCAAAUCGGUUACAGCGUGUUUCUCGAUAGUGCUUCGAGCGACGUGAUUCUUGCGAGAGGAUAUGCGGUCUUGGACACCGGUGCCAUUAGGAGGAUAGGUUAUAAUCGCGCUUGACAGAUGAAUCGUUCGUAACACAAAUUGUCAAAAAAGCGCAACAUGUUAAAACGGUGUUUGUCCAAUUUCGCGCUGGCCGGUGUCAUCAGGCUGCUGUUGAUGAACUCUGACUACCAGAAGAUCAUCAGCAAUCGCGUGGAGGUAUCGACCGCCCUGAACUCGUGGAAGCGAGUGACGGAAGGUGUUUACUUGCACAAUUUUGGAAUAGACCCCUACGAGGGUGAUCUGUUUCACGAGACUCCGAUUGGCUUGUUUGUCUUCAAUCUUAUGCAGAAGUAUUUACCGCAGUGGGCAUUAUUCUUGUUAUUUGUUGUAAGCGACUUGGCGACUGCUUUGUGUCUCAUCAUUACCGCCAGGCAUUAUGCGAUUGAAACGACGACAAAAAGGAAGGAGGAAAGCGACGAAAAGAAGAAACUCGACGACGCUAUCAGUAUAUCACCCUUGUACGUUUCCGCGGCGUAUUUAUUCAAUCCUUACAUAAUACUAAACUGUGUCGGUCUGACGACCACGGUUUUCACCAAUCUGCUUUACUCGAUCGCGCUUGUUUCGAUGACGAGACGUUCGGUGCUCGGAUGCUGCGCGUCAAUAGCGUUGCUGACGCUACAAGGACUCUAUCCCGUGUCUCUCAUGGUACCGUCGACCAUCUACGUGAUCAGAACGGCGGAGAACAAAAAGUUGGGUAUUGUUACGAUGCUGAUCACAUUUGCGAGCAUCUUGGCGGCUCUGUUUGCCGUUUCCUACUACAUCAUGGGAAGCUGGUCGUUCCUCUGGAGCACAAUCGGCUUCAUUCUAACCGUUCCUGACCUGCGUCCGAACAUCGGGCUCUAUUGGUACUUCUUCACGGAGAUGUUCGAGCACUUCAGAUGGCUCUUCAUCGCGUCGUUUCAGAUCAACGUCGGUUUGUUGUACAUAGUCCCUCUCGCGCUUCGAUUAAGGCGCGACCCGAUGUUACUGGCCUUUUCCUACCUAGCAAUAGCCGCUAUAUUCAAGUCAUAUCCGUGCAUUGGGGACGUCGGGUUUUAUAUAUCACUACUGCCGAUGUGGAAGCAUUUAUUUCAACAUAUGCAACAAGGAUUUAUCGUAGGUUGUUUCGUGCUGUUCUGCACGGUCUUCGCUCCGACUGUGUGGCACCAGUGGAUCUACUCGAGGUCGGCGAACGCGAAUUUCUACUUCGGGGUGACACUGGCUUUCGCCAUAGCGCAAAUCUUCCUUCUUACGGACAUUCUGUUCGCAAGUGUCAAACACGAAUUUGCUGUUCAGCACGGUAUCAAUAAGAAAGUUAAUGGAAACGAAGCUAAACUGUUACUUGAAUAAAAUUAUGGUUUUUCUAGAUUAAAAAAUGUGUAUGUGUAUCUCUCACGCUAAAACGAACUGUGAUAAAACACACCGUAGGUGUUCGCGAGUAAUAAUACAUACAUUAAUUGCGCGAAAUAUACGCGGACA